GGUUGUCGGGUUGUCAUGGUAAAUCCUGCGGGGCCAUCCGGGUCCGGAAGUCUCUUAAGCAGGCGGUGCCCCCGGGAGGCUCUCGUUGCUAUGGUGAUCGCCUGGGGCCGGCUGCUUGCCGCCCUCUUGCCAAGGACAGGAGGGUCCAGACCCCGCCCCCGACGUACGGAUUGCUCCCUGCGAGCCAGUCCCACGAGGCCCGCGUGGCUCGCGUUGCUGUGGUGAUCGCUGGCGCCCGUGCGGCGGGACCGAGAGUCUUUGCAGCCAGGAGCCUACAGGACACUGGAAAAAUGAGGUCCUCUUUGACACCCUUGGGGCCCCCAGUGAGCCGGGACCGCAUCAUCACCAGCUUCCCUAAGUGGUACACACCUGAUGCCUGCCUGCAGCUCAAGGAGCACUUCCACGGGCAGGUCAGCACAGCCUGCCAGCGCAGAAACACGGGGACUGUCGGGCUCAAACUCUCCAAGGUCGUAGUUGUUGGCGAUCUCUAUGUGGGAAAGACUAGCCUCAUCCACAGGUUUUGCAAGAAUGUUUUUGACCGUGAUUACAAGGCCACUAUUGGGGUAGACUUUGAAAUCGAGCGCUUUGAGAUCGCAGGGAUUCCCUUCAGCCUCCAGAUCUGGGACACAGCCGGACAGGAGAAGUUCAAGUGUAUUGCAUCUGCCUACUACCGGGGUGCCCAGGUGAUCAUCACAGCCUUUGACCUCACUGACGUGCAGACUCUGGAACAUACCAGGCAGUGGCUAGAGGAUGCACUGAGGGAGAAUGAGGCAGGCACCUGCUUCAUCUUUCUCGUGGGAACCAAGAAGGAUCUUAUGUCAGGGGCAGCAUGUGAGCAAGCUGAAGCAGAGGCUGUGCACCUGGCCAAUGAGAUGCAGGCCGAGUACUGGUCCGUGUCAGCCAAGACGGGAGAGAAUGUGAAGGCAUUCUUCAGCCGUGUUGCUGCCCUGGCAUUUGAGCAGUCUGUACUUCAGGACCUGGAGAAGAGGCCCAGCUCCCGGCCCCAGGUCAGCGAUGGCAAUGGAGACCUAAUCCAAAUAGAGGGACAUUCACCCAAGACCCAGGAGAACAAGAGGCCCCCUGGCCUGGGCUGCUGCUAAGCUGAAGCCAGAAUCAGAGGCAUCUACUCCCUGUAUAUACAUGGGGUGACAUGGAGCUCUGCAGUGUGUACACCCUCAAGCUGGGGAAAGCCCGUGUCUCUAGGGCUCAGCCAUUUCUCUUUGGCAGGUCAGAGCCACUGGCUACUAGGGCUCUAUCAUACUGCUUGGCUGGCGGGAGUUACUUUUUUGAGUCCCACUUACAUGGUCAUCAGACAGUCACUGUGGCCUCAAGAGGCUUCAAGGGCUGCAAACUCAGGACACUUGAGAGCUGGCCCACAUCCCUCGCCAUGGCCCAUUUCAGCAGUUACCCCUGGAGCUCUAUCCUGCCAAUCCUAACUAAAGCCUCAGAAUCCUCAUCUCCAUGUUCCAGGCAGCCAAGACUUGUCAGAGUUGGCAUGUAAUGGAAAAACCUUAGUUUGCUCAUCACCAGGAUGUAGAGUUCUAGGCCUUGGAGCUUCAAACCUAGCUAUCCGCUGUCCCUCUGCCACAGACUGAGGACUCCUGAGCUCUGCUGAUAAGGACAAUGGACAAGAAAAUAUCUUUGGCCCCUUCUGGCAGAGUCCUGCCUCCAUCUCUGAGACCCCCAUGGUCCUGCCCUGCAGGCCAGUGGGUGAAGAGGAGUAACUCAGGCCCAUCUGAAGAUGAACUAUCCUGACUCUGCUGAGAGCUGAAGAUUGCCAUGCCCCUCAGGCAAUUCCAAGUCCCCUGACCCUGAUGCUGCCCUUUGCUGUCACCUAUGCCCAUGCCCACUGACCUUCCACAUGUCUCUCCCACUGGCCUGCAUGUCUCUCAGGACUCUUGUAAUGGUAUCCACAUAUCUUUGGAGGCUGUGGGACCUCCAGAGACUAGCAUGCCUAACCCUCUCUACAUGUCAUGAGCAGGAGCACUGCCCCUACCCAAGUCCACAGGGUCUCCCCUGACCCCACCUCACUGUUAAUAACUGCCCCAUACUCCUUUACCCAUGUGUCCCUGCCUUCCUCCUGUCAUAAGCAGGUGGGUACAUCUGGCAUCCCUAGCUGCUGCAUUUAAAAAAAAAAAAAAAAAGUUCAUGUAGCCCAGCUGGCCUCAUACUCUAUAUGUAGCUGAACAUGACCCUGAAUUCACUUUUCCACCUCCCAGGUGCUGGGAUUACAGGCAUUCACCAUCAUACUCAGCAUCAUCUUAUAGAUGGUAAGCAUUUGCAGGCACCAUGUUGGUCAGUGACCUUCUCUAAGUGCCUAGCAUACCACACAUUCUCAUGAGUGUUUAUCAGCUCAGCAGUGGCCAGACAUCAAAGAACACUGGCAUAUUUUUCUGUUCAAUACCAACAUUCUUUAGCCAUA